UUUGUUGCCUAAUAUGAGUUCGGAUGGUGAAGAGGAGUCUUCAGGGCUCAAGCCUGAGUCCAGCUCCUCUUACAGAGAGAGCUUCCACUGUCAAUAUAUAGUCUUGAAGACCAUUGGCUGGGGAGGCUUUGCCAAAGUAAAGCUGGCCUACCACCGCCUCACAGGGACCCCGGUGGCUGUCAAAGUGCUUCGAAAAAGGAAAAUGUGGUGCUACCCAGUCAUGUCUGAGGUAAAUAUCAUGAUGAUGAUCAACCACCCCAACAUCAUCUCACUCCUCCAAGUGAUUGAGUCUGAAAAGAGAAUAUACCUAGUCAUGGAGCUGGCUGAGGGACAACAGCUUUAUCAAUACAUCCGACAGGCUGGCCACCUGCAGGAGGACGAGGCCCGGGGAAUAUUCAGGCAAAUAGUAAGUGCUGUGAGCUACUGCCAUGAGCUUGGGAUAGUUCAUCGGGACCUGAAACCAGACAAUAUCAUGUUGGACAGGAAGGGAAAAGUCAAAAUCAUCGACUUUGGCCUCGGCACACAAGUCAAACCUGGGCAAAGGCUAAGUCUUCAUUGUGGCACAUACUCCUUCGGGGCCCCUGAAAUCUUACUUGGCAGACUUUAUGAUGGCCCCAAGGUUGACAUAUGGACCUUGGGAGUCGUCUUAUAUUUCAUGGUAGUUGGGAAGGUCCCAUUUGAUGCUGUCAACGUACGAGAACUGCGAAGGCAGGUUGUGUCAGGGAAGUAUACUGUCCCCUCGAACUUGUCAGAAGAACUCCAGGACCUGCUUAGCCGCUUAAUGACAGUCAACCCCAGGUUUAGGCCCACAGUGACCGAGGUGAUGACACACCCCUGGCUCAGGGAAGACUUGGAGGCUUCACCAAAUCCCUGUGAGGAAAUAGUCCCCAGCUUGCCUGACCUGGCAAUUGUACAAGCCAUGGAAUAUAUGGGGUUCCAAGCCCAGGAUAUCAAAGAUUCGUUACGCCAAAGGAAGUACAAUCAGACCAUGGCAUCCUAUUGCUUACUGCAAAAGCAGGCUCUCCAGGGGCAUGGCUGCACAACCCGGGCUCAGCCUGUGAAUCCAGGGCUGACUCCAUUCCCUUCACUUGAAGAUCCCGCUGCUUUCCCUAUAGAACUGAGGAGGAGGGGAAGUGAGCCAGCCCUUGGCACAUUACUCAGACAGCCAGCCACUUAUGGUCAUGUGCCUGCCUAUGGCCAGCAGGCAGGUCAAAGAGGAAGCAGACAUCCUGCUGGGUCUGCUCUCCCUCUCUGCAGGCCACUCCAGAGGCCAUCCACACCGGAUCAAGCCCACCAGCGUGCCAAGAGUGCUCCCUGCAUUUACUCAACGAGCAACAGCAGUGAGAACACGGAAGACUUAGGCUCCCACGGCUCCUCAGCAGAGGGCAAGCCCACCCACAGACGGGGCCAGCCCAGGGGCUUGAAGGGAUGGACAAGGAGGAUAGGAAGCGCCCUGAUGAGACUGUGUUGCUGCUUUCCCUCAAGGAAGAAACCUCGCCUAGGGCAGAACAGAGUCUCCCCUCAGAAAUGAGGCACAAGGAGGGAGUUUGGAGAACAAGCAGCAAGUAUGGCCCAGUGUUAUUGGAAAUACUCUAUUGUCCUGAGGAGGCACAGAAGGUGAUGUCAGACACAUGGUGGUCGAGAAGAGACACAGCAGCAGCAGCUGACCCCGUGGUGUCUCUAUGGGAACUGUUACUUCUAGAGCUAGACACCAUGCGUCAAUUGAUUAGGAACAUGUUUGGUUUAACUAACACCAGUAUUCAUGGAAGACACAGAGAUAUUCCUAGGACGGAUGUCUUCCUUGGAAGCUGGAAACAGGCAGCUGGGACAAGCAGCACGCUACCUUCCUGAUGAGGAGCACCCUCUCCAUGAUGCUGAUGACAGCAAUGUAAUGAGGAGCAUCAUCUCCAUGCUGAUGACUGCAGUGUGAUGAGGAACACCCUCUCCACAUGAUGACUGCAAUGUGAUAAGGAGCACCC